AAGAAUAUUUUUCUAUAUCCAAAUGCUUUUCUACAUAGAUGGCCAUAAUUCCAAUAAGGUGUCUGUUUAUGUAGAUUUUUACACCCUGCCAUUUUCUCCAUGCUAUAUAUACCCCCUCUUAGGAAGACUAUGCUCACAUCAAGCAAUCUAUCUUCUUCUCUAUAGUUGUGUUGAUUUGUUUGCUUUUUCUUACUAUACUCACUCAUUUUACUUCAUGGAUGCCCAAAUUCAGAUUCCAAUUCCUAAGGAUGCUGCCAUCCAGAACCAGUGCCAAGAACCUCAAGAAAAGGAGGUUGAUUAUGCGCAAAGGGCGCAGUGGCUCAGAGCUGCAGUGCUGGGAGCCAACGAUGGAUUGGUUUCUAUUGCGUCAUUGAUGAUGGGGAUUGGGGCUGUUAAAAAAGACGUAAGAGCAAUGUUUCUUGCAGGUUUUGCAGGACUAGUUGCCGGGGCAUGUAGCAUGGCAAUCGGGGAGUUUGUCUCUGUGUACUCUCAGCUAGACAUCGAAGUGGCUCAAAUGAAAAGAGACAAAAGAGUGCAACAAAAUGUAGAGGAAAGCGACGAUUCAGAGAAGGAAGAGAAGGAAAAUCUGCCAAAUCCAAUUCAAGCAGCUUUGGCAUCAGCCCUUGCAUUCUCGUUUGGAGCCAUGGUUCCUUUGAUGGCUGCUGCAUUCAUAGCAAACCAUAAGUUGAGGUUGGUUGUGGUGAUUUGUGCAGUAAGCCUAGCGUUGGUCGUUUUUGGCGUGAUUGGAGCAGUGUUGGGGAAGACUCCUGUGGUGAAAUCUUGUGCCAGGGUGCUCAUAGGAGGCUGGAUGGCUAUGGCUGUCACAUUUGGACUCACCAAGCUUGUUAACUCUGCUGGAUUAGAAAUGUGAUUGUUCACUUUGUCUUUUCACUAUCUUUUGUCUUUUCCUUUUGCUUUGCUUCAUAUAUGUAUACACAAUCAGAUUUCAAUAAUGUCAGAUAAUGGUAUUUGUGCCCUA